UCGCCGGCUGCCGGGCCACGACCUCGCAUCAACCCGGCUGCUCGUUCGCUUGAUUCGAUGCUGCGCGAGAGAGCUUUAGUCACGUUUCUGCAGAUCUCUUGAGUUUACGUCCGAGUUUUUAAUAGACUACAUUCUCUAUUGAAAACCUCCGUCUAAUCAUGAAGAUGUCACGAAAAGGGACGAGCUCCGCAAAACUCUGAAGACUGUGUAAAAAUAUUUAAUUAUAUUAUAUUUCCGUCUGUAAGCUUACUUACACAGAGUGUUUAGUUAAUACUGGAAGCUUUUGCAAUUGGAUUUAUUAUAUUAGGCGUGAGUUUGUUUGAUUAAUUUAUUUUACUUACUUAGUUAAUUUUUUUGUAAUAAUUAUUUUGUAAUCCGCAAGAUAUCGAGUGAAAAUUCUCGUGGUGUGCGAACUUUCUCGGAGCUGUAAGCUUCAAGUACGGAAUUCGGACGUGUAAGAAUUCGUGUCAGGGAUUGUGGUAUCGAAGGUUGAAGGUCGAGGUCGAGUGUGAGAAUUACGUCGUGCGAAACAAGUGACGCCCAUCGGUUGUUUUUCCGAAGAACAGCGGAGUAUGGCGGAUGGGUGACAGACGCGGAUCCAUUGCAGGCUGAAGGUGUUUUUCAGCAUCGGUGGGACCAUGUGAGGCUUCAACCAUGAGGAGUGGCGGCCAGAGUGGUGUAUGGACAGUAAGCGUGAUUAUACUGUCGAUUGGCACCUGGGUGGGCAGAGUCGGGCCACGUCCAGCAGAUGGGGAGCUCGCGCUCCUGACGUCGCCGCGUGAGCGAUUGGAAACCGUUCGACAGGUUCUUUCUGAGGUGCCUUUGAUCGACGGCCACAAUGACCUACCAUGGAACAUCCGCAAUUUCCUCCAUAACCAGUUGGCGGAGUUCGAUUUUGACAAGGACCUGCGUCAAGUCACACCCUGGAGUAAGAGUGCUUGGAGUCAAACCGACUUGGUCAGACUGCGGCAGGGCAUGGUCGGUGGUCAGUUUUGGGCCGCGUACGUGCCAUGCGAAUCUCAACAUCUUAACGCGGUUCAGCUGACUUUAGAACAGGUGGACCUCAUUAAGAGGCUCAUAGAAAAGUAUUCCCAGCACAUGCAGUUUGCUGCAUCGUCGAGGGAAAUUUUGGAGGCUCACGGGAGGGGCAGAAUAGCUUCCCUGAUUGGAGUGGAGGGUGGGCAUAGUCUAGGAAGUAGUUUAGCCGUUUUAAGAACACUUUACCAGCUGGGUGUACGGUAUCUUACGCUGACGCACACCUGCAACACUCCAUGGGCGAAAAGUUCGUCGGUGGAAGACGACGAUGAAGAUGGUGGAGGCCUGACAGCAUUCGGCGAGACGGUAGUUAAAGAAAUGAAUAGACUUGGAAUGCUGAUAGAUCUUAGCCACACUGCGAGAACAACCAUGAGAGAUGCUCUAAGAGUCAGUAAAGCGCCGCUCAUUUUUUCACACUCUUCGGCCUUUGCUAUUUGUAAUUCUUCCAGAAACGUACCAGACGAUAUUCUCAAGCAAUUAGCUGAUAACGGCGGGCUGGUGAUGGUCACGUUUUACAAUUAUUUCGUGAAAUGCGGAUCUCAAGCCAGCGUCUCGGACGUGGCCGAGCACAUAUACUAUAUUAGAAAUCUGAUUGGCGUGGACCAUAUCGGAGUCGGCGGAGAUUUCGAUGGCAUCAACAAAACUCCUCGUGGUCUGGAAGACGUCUCGAAAUAUCCUGAACUAUUCGCCGAACUUCUGCGGAGUGGCAAGUGGAACGUGCUCGACCUAAAGAAAGUCGCCGGCUUGAAUUUACUGCGAGUCCUCACACAGGUGGAACGUGUGAGGGAUGAUUUGAGAACAGCUGGAAUUACGCCGUUCGAGGAAUAUCUUCCAGACUCGCCGGACACGAUCGGCAAUUGCGCUCUGGAUAUUAACUCCGUGCAAAGGGUUACGGAAGUCUGAUCGAUCGACUGUACGCACUGCCCGACGACAUGCGAAUUAAUCUUAUGCCAACACAACCGUUCCACGCAGAUGGACACGGCCGAGAGACAACCGGACAUGUCGUCAGAGCGUGGACUUAAGGCGAAAAUUCGAUUAUCUCGUUCACUGCGAUCUGUACGCUCGCGAAAGUUCUUCGAACCUCGUGCGAAAGCUCAAUUGAACGUCGACAUUUGCGAAGGCUCAAAAUAAACCUACCUCGAUACCUGUCUCACAAAGGCGACGAAUAUCGAUUGUGUUUUAUUUAAAGGAAAAUACGUUCGCGCAUUAUAUUAAUAAAAUAUUAAGAAAUUAUGUU